GCCUCCCCUGCCUUCACUAUCCAGCAUCUCCCUCCCUUCUUCCCCUGCCUCUCAUCCUAUCCAAGAAACCCGAAAAUUCCAGACCUAGGAGCGCGCAGCAGCAGCCAUUAGCGCACACUAGCUAACCGAAGGCUGCAGGCAUGGCCGCCCCCGCCGCAACCUCCCUGCUGAGCACGCUGCUCCAGCUGCCCCUGCCCCUGUUCUCGGGGAGGAGCUCGCCGCCGUCGGUGGUGCACGUGGCCCGGCGGGCGCCGACGGCGGUGUUGGCCGCGAAGGGGUACAAUGUGCAGAUCCUCGUGGACGAGAACGAGGGGGAGGAGUCCAUCUUCCGGCGGUUCCGGCGGGAGGUGAUGCGCGCCGGCGUGCUGCAGGAGAUCAAGCGCCGCCGGAGGUACGAGAGCAAGAAGGACGAGAAGAAGCGCAAGGCUCGCGAGGCCGGCCGCCGCAACCGCCGCAGGCGUAUGAUGGAUGAGCCAAGGUUCCCAGAAGAAGAUGCAGGGGCAGCCGCUAGGGCUAGGGACGAGGACAAUGACAACUGGGAGGUUGACGGUAUCCUGUGAGACACUAGAAUUCUUAAGUUUAUAACUGUCCGAAUGUAGAAGUUUAAACGAUUUGAGUUCUUUUAUGGCCUGCAAAGCGCAAACUAUAUGAGUUUUGGCAGUGUUCCUUUCCGCUUCGAUUGUACAAUUGCAAUGUAUUAAUAAAUUUUAGCUAAUGCAAUAUCCUUUCCUUUCA